CGGUGUUGUUGCAGCUCUACAGCGAGGAAAAAAUCGAAUUUUUGUGUUUUGUGUGCUAGGUAAAUGCGAAAAAGAGUGAAAACCCGUGCAGCUUAAUCCCCAGCCCGUGCGCCAGCGCUACAUGAAUUAAGAACCAAAAAUAGGAAAAUAAAAGCUGGUUGAAUAAUAAUAUUUAUAAUAAUAAUUCAAGAAAAGUUACAAAAAUUCGUAUUCAAGCAAAACACCAAAAGGAAAAUCCGAAACCGAAAAAGAAAACCAACCAACAACAAACGACAUCAACAGCAUCAACUAAAUAUCAAAUUAAAUAACUAAGCCUAAUAACGUAUACAUUUAAAGAUCUAUUUAUAAAUUAAUAUUUACCAUAAUGAUUUAGUAAGUUAAGCUUAAAGUACAAAACAAAAAGAAAGGAAAAGAAAACACAACAACUACAACCACAACAACCAACAACAACAACAACAACAACACAAAACCAACAACUAAGAAAUAACCAACAACCCAACAACAAAUUCAAAAUAUAAGAAAAAAAUCAAUCAUUCAACGGAGUAAAGUUAGUAAAAAAAUCCAUACUAAAUGCAAAUGACAAGGAAAUAACGAAAACGACACCAUAUAAUAAACCAGCAGGAGGAGCAGCAGCAGCAGCAGCAGGAGCAGGAUAAUAACAACAACAACAUCGGCAGCAUAAUUAAUAACAACCAACAAACAACAACGGAUCAAUACCAAAGAUGGAGGCAAAAUUCUUGGCUAGCGCUCUUUCAUUCCUCUCGAUAUUUUUAGCGAUUCAUGCUCAAUCAAAUGAUAAGCUGGUGCCAAACUAUGACAAUGUCGAGCAUCAAAUGAAAUUUUACGACAUCAGAACGCCGCUGGUGCUCAGCUGCAACGUGAGAGACGCCGAUCCGACGGCCCCACUUAUAUGGAAAAAGAACGGAACGGCAGUGACAGAGGUGGCUUCGCUAAGGGGUCGCUACAAGCUAAUCGAUGCCGAGAGGAAGUUCAUCAUCGAUAGGACGGAGCCUCAUGACGAUGGACUCUACAGUUGCGAGUUCGAUGGCGAGUCCAAGAAUAUCAAUGUGAUUGCCCGCGUUGUUGUACGAGUGCCUUCAAAUACAGCCGUUGUGGAGGGUGAGAAGAUGUCGGUGACCUGCACCGUUUUAGGUACCAAGCCGCAGCUGUCGUGGACCUUUGGUAAUAUCACGCUGACGAACGCCACAGAUCGGUUCGUCCUCAAGGAGGACAAUGGAGUCCCGAACUCCAUUCUUACCCUGGAGAAUGUGACAUUGGACGACAGAGGCGAGUACAAGUGCUUUGGACGCAAUGCGGCCAAUGAAUACGGUGUGAACAGCACUGUUGUCUACGACACCACAACUGUGCGUGUUAAGGGCAAAUUCGCCGCCUUGUGGCCUUUCCUGGGCAUCUGUGCUGAGGUGCUGAUUCUCUGCGUCAUCAUUCUCAUCUAUGAGAAGCGACGCAACAAGAGCGAACUGGAGGAGAGUGAUACUGAUCCCCAAGAACAGUAAGUGUGCCUACUCUCCAAAUCCAACAACAACAACAACAACAACACACCAACCAAUCAAA